AUGGAUAAUAUUACUACAAAAGAUACUCACAGCUUACCAGGAGGAAAAUCUUUCAACUGGCGCGCUAUGUACUUCGCAUAUGCCGUGGUCAUGUUUGCUGUUGUAACUGUUGGAUUCCUUGGAAAUGUCUUAACUCUGAUAAUUCUUCACUACCGCGAGCACCGCAAGAAAGUCUUGACUCCUCUUAUGAUCAACUUAGCAGUCGGAGACAUUCUCAUGGUUAUCGUAGUGUACCCCGUGGUAAUUGUGUCGAAUCUCGUUGGUAAACAGCUUAAGGAGGGAUCGCUGCGAUGCAAGUGGUCCGCCUUCGCAAAUGGCGCCAUUGGUAUAACCACUAUCGCUACAUUAGUUGUAAUGAGCGGCGUUAUGUAUCACGGUAUCAAACAGACUUUGCCAAAACCUAAAAUACAUGCUAAAAAUAUGUCUCUGCUAGUGUUAAGUACGUGGUUAUACGGGAUAUUGCUUAAUCUUCCUCCUGUGAUUGGUUGGACCAGGGCUGUACCCGGUGAAGCUGGCAUAAGCUGCGCCCCUGAGUGGACAAGUCCAGAGCCGGAGAGCGUAGCGUAUAUUGCCUUCCUAUUGGUGUUUGGCUUUUUCCUUCCGCUUACUGUAAUUGGGACGUUCCAUUACAUGAUCUAUAGGUAAGUGUGCAUCAAUUAAUGCAUUUUGAGUCGUUAGAUUCAAAUUACCCUAACCGUAUGACGAAAUAUCAGUUGUGUUUUUCCACACAAUAUCAGUUAGCUUUCUUAGCUGGUGAGUGUCAUUAACCCUUUCACCCCUAGGAGUGACCAGCAUCUAAUUCCCCGAAUCACACAGUAAGGUCGUGAGAAUGACGGAAAUGAUGACCAACUAACGGAGCUCUCGAUUGUUAAACAAAUUCUCCUUCUCAGCACAUUAAGAAAUGCACAGAGAACAGCAUGGAGACUGUACAUACUGAUUUCAGAGCACAAAGUGGCUAACAGGCAUGAAACUUAAUGUAAUAUUAUUUAGCAAUUAUUUGGCCAAAUAGAAAAGACAACAUUUCAACGUGACCCUGCUUCUCCAAACUUUUUCAGUCGAAAGCCAAUUUCGUUUUUAUUUCCAGUCUAAAUGAUCUCCGUAGAUCGGAAGGCGCCAAAAUGUGUCACGGCUUUACCGGUGAUUACCCCGCGUAAACAAUACUACCCAGCCACUGGGGAUACAAAGGGAACCAUGUAGUCAUCACACAAUAGAGACCAUGCGUAAUCGCUUAACACUCAAAAUAAUCUCAAAUCGUAGCAAAUAUCCUUGUUUCGUACAAAUUACCUAGGUACUUUAACCAACGCAUAUUGUUUGGAACACAUGAACAAACGAGGCUAGAAACUGUCAUGAACGGUACUCAACUUCCAUACUCUGCUACAUGUCAGUAUUAAUAUCUUUUUUUUCAAAACUGGGGAAGUAAACGGGCGGAUUCAAAUAUGUCAAAAGGGACUGCAGCCCCCAUGCAGAGAUGUUUAAGACUGACCACACUUUUUCAGCUCCCUCUUUCCGGACUUUCUUUGUCUGCUUCCACAUUCCGUUUCCCAUAUCUAUUCUUUUCCGCAGGGUGAUUCGACGAGUACCUCUGGAAGGAAACCCAAUGAUCCGCGCAUGUCGAAUGAAAUCUAAAAUGAGGCUAGUGCGCAUGACUUCUUUCUCUAUAGCCGCGUUCGUGGUAAGCUGGUUACCAUACUGUGUAGUAAGCAUAGCUGCUCUUGUAAAUGGUCAUCACGUGCUUUCAUCCGGGGAAGCGGAAAUUCCUGAACUGAUGGCAAAGGCGUCUGUGAUUUAUAACCCAUUCGUGUAUGCCUUCACAAAUGGUACCUACCGUGCUUCGCUGAAGGGAUUGCUUAUCGGUGGUAAUAGUGUCAUUCGGGUCAAUCCAUCAGUUCUUAGAACCAGUCCGGCGCCGAGUAGUUACGUGAACUCAGUAAUUAUCAAUCCACAACAAGAGGACACAGCUCUGUAA